AAACAUGCAGAGGAUGACGUGGCAGUGGGUUCAAUAAACAAGGGGUCCAUUCAUACGGAACAGGAACAAGAACAAGGAGAAACUGGAAAGGGAAGAGAGGUGCCCACGUUAAGAAUCAUCCUUCCUUGCAGAUUUAUAUAUCAUUACAUACACAAUAUAUAGAUAUAUAAUCUCAUAUUUAUUUUUAAAUUUCUCUUUUUCUCUACCUUCAUUUCUCUCUUCUUUUUAUUUUUAAUUUAAUUUUCAUUGUUCAUUUAUUGUAUAAACCCUUCCAAUUUAGAAGACCUCCAUUGAAUAUUUACGAUCUUUUUCUGGGGUUUGGGGGUGCUAAAUUGGAAGCUUAUUCAUCUGGGGGUUUGUUUGUUAAAUAUUGGUCAAAUUAACAUUUACAUUGCCUAUUUUAUUCAAUUAUUUCUGAAAAGAAAGAGUCUUCAUUAUCAGUUUUGAAUGACUGAAAAGCUACAGUGAAAUAGGGGUUGUUUGAUUGGUUAAUUUGCAAGAAAGGUUGACUCUUGAGCUGGUUCAGAGCUAAAGGUUGCAUUUUUACCAGAUUGAACAAGAUAUAUUUGAGGGUUUGUUUGAGAGAGUGUUUUGGAGCUGGAAUGUUUGCUUGUGAAGGUGUUUGUGUGUAGUGAUAAUGGGGUAGUUUUUCAAGAAUUGAGACUCUGGAGCUAAACUAGUUGGUAGAGAGGGACUUUUAGACUGGUUUGUUAUAUGGGUUAUAAACAGAAUUGGGCAUUUUCAAAUGGGUUUGGGAUGUAUAACUGUGUUUCGCAAAAUCUUGCAACUUGAAUGGCUGAUUUGCAGAAAAAUAGUCUUGUCGACCGGGACAUUGAUCAGGCUUUUACAGCACUCAAAAGAGGGGCAUGUUUGCUGAAAUACGGGCGCAGAGGAAAACCAAAGUUUUGCCCAUUUCGACUUUCUUCUGACGAGUCCAAACUAAUAUGGUAUGUUGACAGAGAAGAGAAACAGCUUGAACUACGCCAUGUGAUAAAGAUUAUACCUGGACAGCGCACUGCAAUAUUUCAGCGGUAUCCUCGGCCAGAGAAAGAGUACCAGUCAUUUUCUCUCAUUUACAAUGAUAGAUCGUUGGAUAUUAUAUGUAAAGAUAAGGAUGAAGCUGAGGUCUGGUUUGUUGCCCUGAAGGCAUUAAUCGCUCGUGGUAGCUACCGCAAAUCGAAAAGUGAACUGACAACUGAAGCAAGAACUGAGAGUAUAGCAUCAGAAAGUCCGCAUGGACGAAGAGUUUCUCCAUCAAGUGCAUUUUCUGAUCAGGGAGAAGGUCAGCAAGCAGACACCCGGUUGGGAAAAGCGUUUGCUGAUAUCAUUUCAUAUACUGCAGCCACCAAGAGUUUACCACAAGCUGAAUCAGUUACUUAUUCUCCCACCUCAGUUCAAUCUGGAGGUCAGGAAAACGCCAAUGGUCGAACUUCUGCAUCUGAUACAAUGCGAGUCAGUUUGUCAAGUGCGGUUAGCUCAUCAAGCCAAGGUUCUGGUCUUGAAGAUAUUGAUUCCCUUGGUGAUGUUUACAUUUGGGGGGAAGGCACUGGUGGCGGGGUGGUGGGUGGUGGGGUGCGUAAAUCUGGUAGACCAUCUAGUUCCACAAUGGAUGCCCAUUUACCUAAAGUGCUGGAGUCUACCAUGGUACUUGAUGCUAUUAGCAUUGCUUGUGGUAGUAGGCAUGCUGUUUUAGUCACCAAACAAGGGGAAAUAUUCAGUUGGGGAGAGGAGUCAGGGGGGAGGCUUGGGCAUGGUGUCGAAGUAGAUGUUUCGCACCCAAAGCUCAUUGAAACUCUUAGCAGCAUGAACAUAGAGAUGGUAGCAUGUGGGGAAUAUCAUACAUGUGCAGUUACGCUUGCAGGAGAUCUAUAUAGCUGGGGUGAUGGUAUUUACAACUCAGGUUUGCUUGGACAUGGAAGUGGUACCACCCAUUCAAUCCCCAAGAAAGUGAGUGGAAUCUUGGAGGGUAUUCGUGUAUCAUUUGUUUCUUGUGGACCUUGGCAUACAGCUAUUAUAACAUCUGCUGGUCAGUUGUAUACAUUUGGUGAUGGGACUUUUGGCGCCUUGGGGCAUGGGGACCGUAAUAACAUUAGGAUCCCAAGAGAAGUGGAAAAACUGAAAGAGUGCAGGACAAUAAGGGUUGCUUGUGGAGUUUGGCACACUGCUGCUGUUGUUGAAGUGGAGAACGGAUCUUCUAAUUCCCCACCACCUGAAGGUUCUAUACCUGGAAAGUUGUUUACCUGGGGGGAUGGAGAUAAGGGCCAACUUGGUCAUUGUGAUAAAGCACCUAGACUUGCCCCCGAGUCUGUAGCUGCAUUAGUUGAUAUAAGCUUCUCCAAAGUAGCAUGUGGAAAUAGUUUAACUGUUGGUGUCACUGCCUCAGGACGACUAUAUACAAUGGGGAGCACUGUCUACGGACAGCUAGGGACUCCUCUUGCUGAUGGUAAAACUCCUAUUUGCAUCGAGGGUAAGAUUGCCGACUGUUUUGUCGAAGAAAUUGCGUGUGGCUCCCAUCAUGUUGCAGUUUUGACUUCGAAAACAGAGAUUUAUACAUGGGGCAAGGGUGCAAAUGGGCAACUUGGGCAUGGAGAUUUUGCUGACCGUCACACACCUACGUUAGUUGAUUUUUUUCGUGAUAAGCAAGUUAAAGGUGUUGUAUGUGGUUCAAAUUUUACUGCUGCUAUAUGUGUUCACAAAUGGGCAUCAAGUUCUGACAACUCUUUGUGCACUGGUUGCCGAAAUCCAUUUAAUUUCAGAAGAAAACGUCACAACUGCUAUAACUGUGGCCUUGUGUUUUGCAAAGCCUGCAGCAUAAAAAAAUCCCUGAAAGCUUCACUGGCCCCAAGUUCAAACAAGUCAUAUCGUGUCUGUGAUGACUGUUAUACCAAGAUUCAGAAGACUAUGGAAGUUGGAUCUCCUGGGGUGAUUCCUAAAGUUAAAAGCUGGAGUACGCUUCCCAAAAAUAGUGAGUUGGGAGAAAAAGAGACUGGGGGUCCACGAGUCCAAGGACAGAUGUCUAAAUUAUUUUCUUUCAAUUCCUUUAAUCUAGGUGAAGGGAGCAAUUCCAGGAAUUGUAUGAAUAAUGAAACAAGGGACAAUCGUUUGAAUCAGCUACCUAAUGGAAACAUUGAGAUGCAAAGCCUUACUUUAAAAUCACCAGGUUCUUUCUCUGGAGCCUCCAGGAAUUGCAUAUCACUCUCUGUUCCUAAUUCCAGAAUUGUUUCUCGAGCUACAUCCCCUGUAAAGAGGAAGACAUUUUCACCUCAGUUUCCCUCUCCAACACAGUCCCUGACUCGCUUUACAACUAAAAUGAUUCUUGAUGAUCCUAAGCAGGGAAAUGAAAGUCUAAGCCAGGAGGUUAUAUAUCUGAAGGCACAGGUCGAAGAUCUUUCUAGCAAAUCCCAAUUUCUUGAAGCUGAAUUGGAAAGAAAAUCAAGGGAACUGAAGGAGGCGGCAGCAUUUGCUGCAGAUGAAGCUGAAAAAUGCAAAGCUGCAAAGGAAGUGAUCAAGUCUCUAACUGCACAGCUGAAGGAGAUGGCUGAAAGAGUUCCAGAAAGACAUUCUUCCAGCAAAAAAGAUUUAAAUAGUGAAAUGUCCAAAGAUACGAGUAACCCAGUUGAUGAGAGCAUCAAAACAAACCCGUCACCUCCUAAAAGUAAAUCGGUUGAAAAUUCUGCUCAUCCAAGUUUACCAAAUGGAUCUAAGGUUCAGACUGGGACAACAGAGUCGGUCUUACAGUAUGAGCCCGGAGUAUAUGUAACUCUUUCUUCCUUACCAGGAGGUGGCAAUGAACUCAGACGUGUUCGUUUCAGUCGGAAACGUUUCACAGAACAACAAGCAGAGAAGUGGUGGGCUGAAAAUGGGUCAAGAGUAUGUGAAGAGCACAACAUACUGACCACUGACUAACUUGCUUAUGGUGUGCCAUUGGUUUACCUUAAUGGAAGAGAGAACAUGUCACGACUGCUUUCUUUGACAUCACCUCACCAAAGUUUGUAAUAUCUUUCUUGGUUAAUUAGGUAGAUUUAAUAUUAGGAUAGUAGAUCCAGAUGCAAAGAUAUGUAAUAUGUAUAAAGAGGAGGUAGAAAGUAGCAAGUAAA